AUGGAUCGGAGGCCGGUCUAUGAGAGGACUCUUACUGAGUCCGAACUGCUCGAGCAGCUUCCGAGUGGAAUCUCGACUUUCAUUCGGACUGCAUCGGGGACUCAGCACCUCCACGCGCUUGCGCUUGGCGCAUUAAACAACGAAUUUACGGAGAGCAUAUUCAGACUCUACGAACCGAUUUUUGUCGAUCUUGCAGCUCGAUGGCUUCAAUCGGAUUUACAUGCUGACUACGUUCAUGUAUUAGCGGCAUUUGCGCAGAUUUUACCAUUUGCGCCGCAUCUGCGGUCGCUUGCCAGUCAAUAUGCCUCAUCACAGACUGGACCUUUGGCGGCUUUGGCCGUGUCGAAGGAAUUAACGCUGUUACAGUUGGACAAACCUACCAUUAGACUUCUACUCCUCGCCCUCUUCCGACUUCUUUCGUUUGAUCUUGAAACCUUCUCUCCCAUCGUUUCACCGCUUCAACUUCAGUCCCUCUUCCAAUCCCAAGACCGAGUGACACGAUACCUUGCUGUACGAUGCUUUGCCUUAUAUAUGCACGCGGCGGAUGCGGCAACCGAAAAAAUGGUCCGCGUCAAUACUGGAACCGAACCUAUAGAAGGAGAGUGGGAAGGCACUCUAAUCGAUUACCGUGUGCUAGGACUGUGGGAAGAACGGCGAUGGGAGACUCUUGGAAGAAUUAUCCGGGCCGAGAGGUCUUCCAGGACGGAAAGCAACACUUUGGCGUUGAUCGAAAGGACACGGGAAUCUUUCACGACCAAGACCGCAGAGAUUUGCGGAGUUUUGAUUCCCAAAUUGAAUGAUACGCCCCCAGCUCCUUCCGCUGUAGUCAAGACAUCGACCACAGUUGGGAACCUGCGCCGGAUUGCAGGGUCAUUACUGGGGUGCAAGCCCAUCCUGCUGGUCGGUUUGCCCAACUCGGGCAAGACCUCUUUGAUUAACGACAUUGCUGCGACGAUGGGCCAAGCCGAAACUAUGGUCACGCUUCACCUGAACGAGCAGACAGAUGCAAAGAGUCUGCUUGGAAUGUAUGCCACCUCAUCUGCCUCCGGAUCCUUCUCUUGGCAACCCGGUGUAUUGACCAAGGCUGCACGCGAAGGUCGCUGGGUGUUGAUUGAAGACCUUGAUCGUGCUCCAUCUGAAGUAAUGGGCCUCAUUCUCCCGAUCAUUGAGAGGGGGGAGCUCACCAUCCCAAGCCGGAGGGAGCGAAUCAAGUGUGCCGAGGGCUUCAAAAUCAUCGCAACCAUGAAGUCAUCGUACAACAUUGCCGGCGAGGAGAUCGCACCGAGCACUUCAAUGCUUGGGAGCAGACUUUGGGAGAGAGUGCAAGUCAAGCCUCUUCCCGUGGAUGAGAUGCGUGAUGUCAUUCUGCAAAAGUUCUCCUUGCUUGAGUCUCGUGUGCCGACUCUCAUGAAUGUCUACGGACGAGUAUGCUCUGCGUUCCAUGGAAGCCUUGCAAUCAAGGGCUCCCAAGGUCGUACCCCGGGCUUCCGCGAUUUGAUCAAGUUAUGCAGCCGCCUGCAUAAUCGCCUACACCGCGUGGGUGCGAAGACUGGCUAUGAGCCCACGUCAGAAGGUACCGAGGAUGAAAUAUUCCUUGACAUCGUUGACGUGUUCCUCAAAUAUCUGCCCGAGAAGUCAAUGCAGGGCGCUCUCGCCGCCGUUGUGGCCGAAGCACUUCAGAUUUCUCCCCAGCGAGCGCAGUACUGUCUCAAUGAACGCACGCCCUCUUAUACCGACAAGAACAACAGCCUUAUUCUUGGUAGAGAAACUUGCAACAAGAUCAAAGUACCAAGUGGAUCUGCAUUAAAGCUUGCCGCAGCAGCUUCAAGCUUUGCUCCCACUCGAGCGGCAUUGACCCUCAUGGAACAGGUAGCUGCAUCAAUCCAGAUGGCAGAGCCUGUUUUACUUGUGGGAGAAACUGGUAUCGGAAAGACCACAGUGAUCCAACAUCUUGCAUCUUUGAUGCGCCAAAAACUCACAGUAGUGAAUUUGUCACAACAGAGCGAAAGCACUGAUUUGCUGGGUGGUUUCAAACCCGUCAAUAUCCGUACAAUGGCAGUCCCAAUGCUGGAUGAAUUCACCCAGCUCUUCGAGCUGACUUUCUCGGCCAAAAAGAACCAGAAGUUCUUGUCCUCGGUAUCGAAGAGUGCCGCAUCCUCCAAUUGGGUACGAUUGGUGACAUUGUGGCAUGAGGCCGUUCGUCUUGCAAAUGGCGUGUUCAAUCCCCCGAACGCCGCAGCGGAGAAUGGCGAUGAACAGCCGGCCAAAAAACGGAAGUUGGAUUCUCCCAAAUACCAGCACUUGCGGCAAAGAUGGGAGAGCUUCGCGACCCAGCUCGGAGAUUUCGAGGCCCAGGUCUCACAAGGUGAUGCCAAAUUUGCCUUCGCCUUUGUUCAAGGUAAGAUUGUGAGAGCUCUGCGAAACGGCGAAUGGGUUCUCCUGGAUGAAGUGAACUUGGCUUCCCCUGAUACCCUUGAGAAUAUUGCCAGUCUUCUUCACCAUGGCAGCGAGGGAGCACCGUCUGUUCUUCUCUCCGAGGCUGGCGAUGUUGAGAGAGUCUUCGGCCACCCGGAAUUCCGUAUCUUUGGUGCUAUGAACCCUGCAACAGAUGCUGGAAAGAGAGAUCUACCCCCAGGUCUGCGUUCCCGGUUCACCGAAUUCUACGUGCACUCGCCUGAUAGCGACUUGGAUGAUUUAUUGGCAUUGAUUCAGAAAUACCUCGGUGAUUUGACAAUCAGUGAUCAGCGCGCUGUGCCAGAUCUCGCACAGCUUUACAUGGUGACCAAGAAGCUCAGCAACGAGAACAAACUUACCGAUGGAGCUGGACAGAGACCUCAUUUCAGUAUCCGUACCCUCGUGCGUGCCUUGAUCUAUGUCAUCGACCACGCACAUGUCUAUGGGCUACGCAGAGCAAUGUUUGAGGGUUUCAGUAUGAGUUUCUUGACCGUGCUGAGCUUGGUCUCGGAACGAGCUUUGAUUCCUCUGCUUGAGCUUCAUAUCUUCGGAAACGCGAAGAACGCCAGGUCUCUUCUCGGACAGACCCCUCGCCCACCAACGGAUGGCAAUGAUUAUGUGCAAUUCAAGCAUUACUGGAUGCGCCGCGGUCCUAUGGUUCCGGAGGAGCAGCCACACUACAUCAUCACCCCAUUCAUCGAGAAGAAUCUCAAGAACUUGGUCCGGGCCAGUUCAACCCGGCGAUUCCCCGUUCUUCUCCAAGGUCCGACCUCAGCAGGAAAGACGAGUAUGAUUGAGUAUCUGGCAAAGGUCUCUGGAAACAAAUUUGUACGAAUCAACAACCACGAGCACACGGAUCUGCAAGAGUACCUGGGAUCUUACGUCUCCACGGACGAUGGAAGCCUGCGUUAUCAGGAGGGUGUGUUGGUGGAGGCACUGCGGAACGGUUAUUGGAUUGUGCUGGAUGAGCUGAAUCUGGCACCUUCCGAUGUUCUUGAAGCUCUCAACCGACUCCUCGACGAUAAUCGCGAGCUUUUCAUUCCCGAGACUCAAGAAGUUGUUCAUCCCCAUCCGAACUUCAUGCUGUUUGCCACGCAAAAUCCCGCUGGUCUGUACGGUGGCCGAAAGGUCCUGUCCCGUGCCUUCAGGAACCGUUUCCUCGAGCUGCACUUCGAUGAUAUCCCAGAAAGCGAGCUGGAAUUUAUCCUGAAGGAACGUUCUCAGAUCGCCCCUCCUUCUGCACGCGGAUUGUUGCUUUUUGCCACACUGCGUGAUCUUUUCCGAUGGGCUCAUCGUGAAGCCGAUGAUCGCGAGCAGCUAGCGGUCAACGGUUAUAUGCUUCUCGGCGAACGUGUUCGCAAUCCACAAGAGAAAGCCGCUGUCAAGGCCGUGAUCGAGGAAGUGAUGAAGGUAAAGCUGGACGAGGAUACGUUGUAUAGCACCGCAGAGCUGGAAAAGAAUGUUCCCGGGAUGAGCGAGCUUCCAACCGGUAUUGUGUGGACCAAAGCCAUGAGACGUCUAUUCGUUCUCGUUUCGAAAGCCCUCAAGAACAACGAGCCGGUCCUUCUUGUCGGAGAAACUGGUUGCGGUAAAACCCAGCUUUGCCAGGCCGUCGCUGAAGCUUUCCGACGCGAGUUGUUCAUUGUCAACGCUCAUGUCAAUCUGGAGACCGGUGACUUGAUUGGUGCUCAACGGCCUAUCCGAAACCGGGCUGCUAUCGAGAAACAGCUUGUAGAUGACCUUCAAAUGCUCCUUCACGGGCAGCUAAGCGGCGCGUCUUUCGAUGACUUGAAGCAGGAAUUCACAGCAUUAACUGCGGAGCAGCGUCAAGCCAAGGAUCAACUUCUUUUGCAGAAGAUUGAGAAGAAUGCUAUCCGUUGCAAUGCCCUGUUUGAAUGGUCUGACGGAAGCCUGAUCACCGCCAUGAAGACUGGUCAAUUCUUCCUUCUUGAUGAAAUUUCUCUCGCGGAUGACUCCGUUCUCGAAAGGCUUAACAGUGUUCUAGAACCCGCUAGGUCGAUUCUUCUCGCCGAGAAGGGUCCCGUUGAUUCAAUGGUUGUGGCAGACGGCGGAUUCCAGUUUCUGUCCACUAUGAACCCCGGAGGUGAUUACGGAAAACGUGAGCUUUCGGCUGCUCUUCGCAAUCGUAUGACAGAAAUCUGGGCCCCUCAGCUGUCUGAGGAUGAGGAUAUCCUGCCAAUUCUCUCACAGAGAUUGGACCUGAAGGAGGAGAAAGUGGCAAAGGCUAUGCUGCAGUUCGCCAAGUGGUUCAAAGUAACCUUCCAGAACACCUCUGCCACAUCACUUUCCAUUCGUGACCUUCUUGCCUGGGUUGACUUUGUCAACACCUGCCAGAGCGCAGACACCGCAUUUGCUAUCGUACAAGGUGCCGCGAUGGUCUUCGUUGACACCUUGGGUGCUAACCCUGCUGCAAUGCUUGCCAUCUCUCUCAACAAUCUUGAGGGUAACCGCAAGUCAUGCCUCGUCAAGCUGAGUGAACUGUUCAAUGUAGAUGCUUCCAAGAUCUACUGGGAAUCGACCACUGUCUCUGCAGAACCUGGCGCUCUGCGUGUCGGCCCGUUCGCUCUCCCUACAGUUGGCGCAGCAGACCCGGAUCCUCAGUUCACAAUGGACGCCCCAACCACAAUCGCCAACUCUGUGAGAAUCGCGCGUGGUUUGCAAUCCUCGAAGCCUAUUCUUAUGGAAGGAAGCCCAGGUGUGGGUAAGACUACGCUUGUGACGGCUCUAGCCAGAGCUCUUGGCAAACCUCUCACUCGAAUCAACCUUUCGGAACAGACAGAUCUUACAGAUCUGUUCGGUUCAGACGUUCCAGUGGAAGGAGGAGAUGUCGGCCAAUUCACUUGGCGUGACGCACCAUUCCUACGAGCCAUGCAGCGUGGUGACUGGGUUCUGCUGGAUGAAAUGAACCUAGCCUCGCAAUCUGUUCUUGAAGGUCUCAACUCUUGUCUGGAUCAUCGCCAGCAAGUGUAUAUCGCUGAGCUGGACCAGACAUUCAAAAGACACCCCGAUUUCGUUCUCUUUGCUGCUCAGAACCCUCACCACCAGGGUGGUGGCAGAAAGGGUCUACCUGCAUCUUUCGUCAACCGAUUCACAGUGGUUUACGCAGAGAGCUUCACUGAUGGCGACUUGAAAACGAUUUGUUCCAGACUUUUCCCUGGCAGUCCCUCUCUGCAGACCGAGAGAUUAGUGGAUUUCAUAUCUCUCUUGAACCAAGCGAUCACGCGGGAUCGUCGGCUAGGAGCCAUUGGCGGACCAUGGGAAGUCAAUCUGCGUGAUAUCCAGCGAUGGCUUCAACUCGCCGACCGAGGAAACCUGCAGAUCCAGACCAAGCACUUCGUUGAUGUCGUUAUCAGUCAGCGAUUCAGAAGCGAAGAGGAUCGUAACGUGGUCUCUCAGAUUUAUGACCGUGUUUUCGCAGACUCUGACACCGGCUCGAAGAGCUACUUCCAUAAUCUCACACCCGAGUACUUGCAGGUCGGUCUGGGCAUUUUGACCCGUGACCCUCUGCUGCAGCGCUUGGCCGAGCCAAACAUGAAGAUUUUACCAAAGGACCUUCACAUUAUCGAGUCACUCAUCCUGUGUAUCGAUAACUCCUGGCCGAGCAUUCUAGUUGGUCCUGCUGGAUGUGGCAAAACUACUCUCAUCAGAAAGCUGGCAGCGGUUAACGGUGCAAACCUUGUCGAGCUGGCUCUAAGUGCUGACACUGAUACUAUGGAUCUCAUUGGUGGAUUCGAACAAAUCGAUCAUCGUAGAGAGGUUUCAGGGUUUGUCCAUGAUAUUGAGAUGUUCUUGCGAAACCAGCUCAUCCACUGCUUUGCUUCAGGGGAUGUGUCUGAUGUUGUGAUUUCUGCACUCCGCAUCUGCGAGCAUUUCCAGUCUGCAGAUAUCUCACUGGAAAAUGUCAUCCCCUCGCUUUCCAGUCUUUGCCAGUCUUCUUCUGACCCGGCCUACAAACAAUUCCUCGAGAGAGCCCAGAACUUGUUGAAUGCUAUCCAACAAUCUGAUAAAAUGAAGGUUGGGUUUGAAUGGACAGAAGGUGUUCUCACUCAGGCUGUUCAGCAUGGAAAUUGGGUUAUUCUCGACAAUGCCAACCUGUGCAACCCAUCCGUCCUCGACCGAUUAAAUUCUUUGACGGAGCCAAAUGGCACACUCAUUCUCAAUGAGCAACGGACAGAGGAUGGAUCUGCCAAGGUCAUCACGCCCCAUCCCAAUUUCAGAAUCUUCUUGACCAUGGAUCCCCGCAAUGGCGAGUUGUCCCGUGCCAUGAGGAACCGUUGUACCGAAAUCUCUUUCUUGCCAAGCGAGCUUCAAGACAUCCAACCUCCUGUUGGCCCAUCUUACACUUGCGAAUCCUUCCUCUAUCGACUGCGCCAUAUUUGGAACUUGGAUACGUCCUUGCCAUCGUCUGCCUUUGAAGACGCUCUCGAGGUGUGCUUCGAUCAUCUUUCACCAGCGGAUUUGGCCUACCUCCAACAGUCGCCAAGCAACCGUGUGGCUCUCAACCCCGAGAACAACGGAGAAAAGAAGCCAUCCAAUGUUCUGCAGCGUUAUACCUCUCUGUUCCAUGACAACAACCAAUGGAAGCCGCUUGAGAUCGCCAACGGCGAGAUUGUGCUUGGAGGAGCUCGCCUGGGUAUCCGGGGAAUGUUGCAACCUCUUCACCCGCUCACAAACGAGCCUCUCAUUGCUAUUGCAGGAGCCAGUGAUUUCCGGUCCUGUUUGGUAGUCUUGGCUUAUCUCCAGGAGUUGAGACUGGAGAUCCAUCGCCUCAGGGAAGGUUUAAUCCAAGCCGAUGUAUCUGGCAAAGAGCUCAAGCCUAGCCAAAUGACACGUUUGGAGCGGUCAUUGGCAUCUGAGCGGAUCCCUGCGUUGAUGAAAGACACGACGCAACCUGUUGCCUCGUUCUUGUCUGAUUGUGGCCAGGCUUUGUAUGAUUACAUCCAGUCGUUGGAUCAGAUCUCUCUCCAAGGCCCUGUAAUAAUCGCAGCCCUUCGGACCGUGAUCUGUCUAUGCUGGGACAUCUACAGAGCUACCGGGGUGAGUCAGGUCGACGAAGGUGAAUUCCAAGUUUACCUCCAGAUGGGCCGGAAGAUUUGCGGGUCGUUGCUCGACUCGUCGCUUCUCCUUAAACCGCUUCAAGUCGCUUUGUCACAAGCUCUGGAUCGGUUCCAGGAAGGCUGGGCUUUGACAUCCGGUCUUAGCAUGCAAAGAAUCUGGGAUUCUUGGAGACAUGUCACUCCUAUCUCUCAAGAUAAGUUGAAUUCUCUGACCGAGUUGGAAUCCACAGUCUUUGAGUUUACAACUUUGGCUUUGCAAACCCGCGUGGAAUUGUCUCAAUUGAGUCGUGUGCGCGAUUCAUUGAUUGAUGCCCAGCGAUUCAUCCUUCUGGACGGGGCUGAUGGUGACGUACUUGUUCAGGGCAUCAAACAAACCGUUGCUGAGCUAUCCCAUGCAGUUCGACGCUCAGAGUCAACCGAGUAUCCAUACUUUGCCAAUGAUUUCGAAGCUCUUUGCCAGUACCACGACAUCUCCUCAUUCUUCCAAAACCCAGUCAAUGAUACAGUCAUCCAGACAGUCAUGCCACUCCUCGCUGGUCGUGCGGCUCGUCCGUUGGACGCAUCGAAUUUCCAGAGCGACGUGCCAAAUAUUCUCCAUAGAAUCUCGCUAUUUGCGGGUUCUUCAAGCAAAUCGGAGUCUGCGCUUGCUACUGGUGGCAUUAUCUCUCUGUCGCUAUUGGAUAGGCUGACAGCUAUCGGCAAUACAAAAUUGGGCCAGAUGGACAUGCUGGAGGCAGAGAAACAAGCUCUCUCCAAGGCUAUUUCUCUGAGCAGUCAACAGAUCGCAACAGAUCAGUCCAUGGACCUCAGACGUACUAUCGCUAAGCUCACAGUCGAACUGGUGGCUUGUCAUCGGGAGUUCUUCGAGCCUCGCUCAGCCGAGGAAAUCAUCUCUGUUCUUCAAGGAAUCCAAAACGGGGAUCUUUGCGCUGAACAGCCACCUAUCCAGGUUGAACUGGACCAAAGUCUGCCAAAUGGUCACUUCCUCGAGCCCUUCGCUGAGCAGGCUCUACCAACCCUGAUUUCAUCCCUGCAAGCACAGCCAUCAAGCCAGCAGCAGAGCAUUCGAACCACUGGACUGGCAGCGGUACAGCUGGCAGUCAUUCUUCUGCGCCUGUUUGUGCCCGACAAGACAUUUGACCCUUCUCUCGGCCUCGUUGUUCAGCGUAAACGCCACUCUCAACGCCUGCAAGAAUAUACCGCCAAGUCUGCAGCAAUUCUUGCAUUUGAGAAGUCUUUCACCAGCCAGAUUGCCAACCUCCGGUCUGAGCUUUUGCAUAAUGAAAUUCGUGAUCUGGGUUCCGCUCCGCCUCCUUCACUGGUAAAUCGGCCCCAGCAGUCCCAAUUGAGUCUCUUGCAGGGAGAGUUCGUCAACUUGAUCAACUCUGUCCUUAAGAGAGACCCGGAGCAAAUGGUCCGCUCUGCCGAAUCUUCGCAGUCCCAAGAUAUGAUCCAGCUUCUGCGCAAUAACAUCAAACAAUUGAGCAGUCGUCUCAGCACUCACUACAGAUCUUAUGAUGAUAUCACAGUGCCUGUGUCUAGCGAUAUUCCUGAUAUUCAGUAUCUGAGCGAGCGAACACCCUUCUUAGGAGGUAUCCAUCACCCCGUUUUGAUUCAGAAUGAUCGGAAGGCCCCUGGCACCCCGAAGAAUGCGAACGAAAUGCGCCUUCAAGAACUGUCAGCCCUUUGGGCAGCCAAGGAUGCGGAUCCCACGAUCUUGAAUACAAAGGCUGGACGGGAGAUUAUCCGCCGUGUUUUCGCUGAUUUCCAUCAAUUGUGGAAGGCCAAGCUUGAAGAAGAUCGGGAACAUGAAGCUGAAAAGGGAGAGUUAUAUCGCUUUAAGGGCUCCUGGGAAGAGGAAGAAGAAGUCAACGAAGCCGAGCUACACGCUCUCUUCCCUACAUUCGAUGAAGGAUCAGAUGAAGACACAGAAAGAACCGAUGGCGUUGACCGUAUUGACCCCAAGAGCAUCGCUCUGCGGCUUGCCUCGCUUCAUGCAAACAUCGUCUCGAAUGAGCGCAGUGGAACUGCAUUGACUACCUUUGUCAAGCAAUCAGGCCAUCUUUUGGGCUCGAUUUGGUCUGACAACAAGAAUUCAUUCUCCCCGAUGUCACCCCAAAACCAUCUUCCUGCAGUUCUUCUGCUUCUCGAUGAUGCCUUAGGUGAGGGAUCUGACAAUCACCAGAAAAAUUACAACUUCUACACUGAUUCGAAUCUUGGAGAGGCAAGGAAGCUGGUUGCUCUCGCGCUUUCUGUUCAAGCCCGCUUUGCCCAAAUCCAAACAGCCUGGCCUGAACAUACUGUCCUCGCUGAUGUCAUUCAAUGCUGCGUGGAAAUCCUUCAGUUCAAGCACACUGAACCUGUUGCCAAGUUCAUGACCAAGGUUGAAAAGCUUCAUUCCUUCGUACAUGAGUGGCAGACCGUGGCCAGCAGAGAAUAUUCGGCUGUUACUGUCUACAAUGAGAUUACAAGUACUCUCAUUAGCUGGCGCCGUCUUGAGCUGUCAACUUGGGCCAAGCUCUUGGAUAUCGAGAAAGAGCGAUGCGAGGACGAGGUGAGUGCUUGGUGGUUUAUCGCCUAUGAAGCACUUAUCGGCGCUCCGAUCAUGAUGGCCGAGGCAGGCGAGCAGGAUAUGACCGAACACACCCAAAACUUGGUUUUGACCCUUGAGCAAUUCUUCAAGUCUACGACUACAGGCCAGUUUGCCCGCCGUCUACAGCUUGUUGCCAACUUCCAAGCACUGCUUGAGGUCUUCACCGCAGAUUAUCCCUGCCUCAAGAAGCUUGUCUCUGCCUUGGACAACUUCCUCCACCACUACGGACCCUUCCAGCCUGGAGUGGACAAGUAUCUAACGGAGAAGAGGUCCGCUCUUGAGAAGGAUAUCAAGGAGCAGAUUCAGCUUGCAAGCUGGAAAGAUGUCAACAUUGUGGCUUUGAAGGAAAGCGCUAGAAGGUCGCAUGUCAAGCUAUUCAAGCUGGUUCGAAAGUACCGUGCAGCCCUUGGCCAGCCGGUUCAAUCGAUCCUUGAAGCAGGCCUUCCGGAAAGCACUGAGGAGAUCACUUCCAUGUCCCAAGCAGAGCCAGUCCGCCCCACUGCGACGUUCCCUGAGGCAAUGGCCAUUUGCCAAAAUGACAAGAAUCUGUGGUCCACUCGAGCGCUCAGAUUCCAGAAGCCGGAUGGAACAGCCAACAACAUGAUGAAUUUGUAUUCGUCAAUUCCAGCCGAGUUCGACAUUGCGAAGGACCUCGACAGCUUCAUCGUCUCAGUGAUUGAAAGCAUGAAUGAGUUCAAGUCUAAGACACCCAAGGUCCUGAACGAAGACAACAAGGACGACGUCCAGCACCUCAAGUCCCAGAAACGCCGCCUCUAUGCUGAAACCCUCAAGCAACUAUAUGAGAUGGGUGUGAAACGCAAUGCUGGAUCGAGUGUGAUAGAGACUCAAGAAACAGUUCCCCAGGUUCUCGCCACUAGUGCCGCCUUUGAGGCUGGCGCUGCAACCUCAACGGCAGUUCAGAGUGCCGACUGGUACUUCCACAGGCUUCUGGAUCUCCUGCCUAAGGCCCGCCUAGCAUCUCGCAACUAUUCCGAGGAGCUAAGCAAUGUCGAAGUCCACAGAAGCAUGGGGUCUAUUGAGCAUCUCAUUUUCACCGUCCGCCGUCAGAGAGGUGUCAUUUCCCCUGCACUCACAGGCUUGGGCAAUUUGAAGUCCACGCUUGACAAGGUGCAGAACCUCUGGACAGCGGCUUCGAACUCUCUGUCGCAAGACCAUGCGUCUGCAUCGGAAGAGCGAGCCAAUCUGGCCAGAAUCGUGGCUUGGCUAGCUCCUAUUCUUGGACUGGCUGCAAUGAUCAUUGGAGUGCAUUCCAAGUUCUCAGGAAUUGAUGCAUCUAAGAUCGUGGAACAGCUCCGUGCCAAAAAGGCAUCCUUCGAUAGCCUACGCAAGUCGCACGAGGCCCUUCCCAUGCUUCCCACCAGGAUUGCGUCUAACGCAAACUACGAGAUCGCGCAGCAGACCCAAUCAUCGCUUGAUGAAUUGACUGCCGACUUGAAGAAAUGGAGCCAAGCUCGCCCUGAUCUGUCCUUUGCGCUGGAUCAAAUCACACCUUGGGUCAAUGCAAACAUCGCUGCUCUCCCUGAGGCCAAUGAUGAGAACAGCCUAUCCAUUCAAGCCUUUGAUAGCAGCCUCUUAACGGCCGUUGACAAAAUGCUCAUCGGCCUCCAGAAGCUCAAGGAUGUGCCGUCUGCCAUCACCUUUGAUGGAUUGCUGUCGAGGAGUGAUGAGUUCUUCUCUCGCGGUAUUAAGGCUGUCCAUCUCACCGAGAUCACCACCGCACUGGAGAAGGUUCUUGAUCAAUUGCACUGCCUGCAAGACCAUUCCGCUGGCAGCCUCUCCGUUGCUGCCGCACUUGUCACUAGUAUCUUGCCUAUCGCCAACAGAUACUACCAAAUCUGCCGGGAUCUGGCCGAUCGGUUCAUUGCCGUCCAUCGCGAGAUCUGUAAGACAUCAUACAUCCUGACCAAGACCUUCAAGCAAGUCGCCUCCGAAGGCUUCUGCAGUCCUGCCGAAGCAUCUCAAGAUCAAAGCAAGGAGGGCCAGAUGGAAAGUGGAACAGGUCUCGGCGAAGGUGAAGGCGCGGAAGACAUCAGCAAAGAUGUUGGAGAUGACGAAGAUCUGUCUGAAUUGGCGCAACAAGAGAACAAGAAAGAGGACGGUGAUGAUGAAAUGGACGAUUCCAAGGAUGCUGUCAACAUGGAUCAGGAAGACUUGGAAGGUGAUGCCGAGGACCGUAAGGACGAUGAGGAGGAGAACGACGACAGUGCCGACGAAGGAGACGACGAUAUCGACGAAGAGACGGGAAGCGUUGAUGACCUUGAUCCAGGUGCUGUGGACGAAAAGCUCUGGGACGGUGGUAAUGAUGAGCAGCAGAAAGAUACCGAAAACGAAGAAGGAAAGGGCCAAUCAGAGGCCGAGCAACAAGCUGCAGCUCAGGAAGAGAAGGGCGACAAGGAUGGUGAAAAGGGCGAAGAGAAGCAAAAGGAAGGAGAGGAAGAGGAAGAAGAAACGGAAGAUGAAGAAGCCCCCGAAGACGAGGGCGAGGCAGUUGGCCGCGAGGAAAUGGACGUCACCGAUCCUCAAGCGAAGGAAGAAGAAACACUUGAACUUCCCGAGGAAAUGCAACUUGAUGAUGGUGAAGGCAAGGAUGACAAUGGCGAAGAUGACGAUGAUAUGGAUGAUCUUGACGAUGAUUUCGGUCCUGCCCCCGAAGAAGAAGGGAAGGUCGAAGAUGCCGAUGAUAAUGCCGGCGAAGAAGACGCCGAGGCGGCCCCAGAGGAUCAAGUGCCAGGCGAGGAAGAUGAAGAAAUGGCCGAUGAUGCGGAGGAUACUAAUGAAGGCGAAGCCGGAGAAGAGGAGAAAGAGGAAGCUGGUGGAGAAGAUCCCGAGGAGCCUGAGCAAGACGACUUCCUCGCACAGCGCGAUGAGAAUGAUGCCGCAGGUGACAACGUCGCUCCCAGUGAAGCUGUUACUGGCGGGCUCGGAGCCGAGCAAGACCAAAAUGAAGAAAAGGGUGCCUCAGGUGACGCUCAGCAGGAAAGCGGCUCAACUGAUCCCAGUGCCAAUGUCGACCAACAGACAGGUGCUGCCAAGGAUAGCGAGGAAAGCCAGCCCAGCCGGGACGCUGCUGGCGGCGAAGAUCACGGGCCAGAUGAACCUCAGAUGCAAGCAUUCAAGAAGCUCGGUGAUAUCCUUGAGCAAUGGCAUCGACGACAAAAGGAGAUCCUCAAUCCGUCCCAAGAGGAUGAGGAAUCCCAGCCUAUGCCCCAAGACACCGACAUGGCCGACGCGGACUUCGAGCACCUAAAGGAUGACGACGAUGCCGCAGACACCCAGGCCCUUGGACAAGCAAACGACGAUCAAACGCAAGCCCUUGACCAAAGCAAGGGUGUGGAGUCUGACAUCAAGCCUGGUGAGAACGAUGUUCUCCCAGACGUGUCGGAUGAGCAGCAAGAUGCCGUGGACAACCAGCUUGAGGAUGAGAUGCAAAUCGACCGCGAGACCGUUCCUACCGAGGGCGAGUCCGCCGGUGCCUUCAUUCCUGGCGGUCAAUCAUCCCACGAUCGCGCAGAUGGAGCACAAGGCACCGAAGAAGUGGAUGAGGAGCUUGACGAAGUCGACUCACAACUCGCAGCGAUCCACCUCUCCUCUUCGCUCCCCCCAUUAACCCCAGAAGACGAAGCCCGCCGCCUCUGGUCGCACUACGAGUCCGCCACAAAUGAUCUCUCCCUCUCCCUGACCGAACAACUCCGCCUCAUCCUCGCCCCCACAAUGGCCACCAAGCUCCGCGGUGACUUCCGCACCGGAAAGCGGCUUAACAUCAAGCGUAUCAUCCCCUACAUCGCAUCCCAGUACAAGCGUGACAAGAUCUGGAUGCGCCGCUCUAUCCCCUCAAAGCGCAACUACCAGAUCAUGCUGGCUGUCGACGACAGCAAGUCCAUGCUGGAAAGCGGCAGUGGCCAGCUCGCCUUUGAGACACUCGCCCUCGUUGCGAAGAGUCUGAGCAUGCUGGAAGCUGGCGACCUGUGUGUCCUUGGCUUCGGUAACGAAGACCAUGUUCGUGUCGCCCAUGAGUUCGGAAAGCCCUUCUCCUCUGAGGCUGGCUCCCAGGUCUUCCAGCACUUCAGCUACCAGCAAACUGGUACCAAUGUGCGCAAGCUGAUCGCCGACUCUAUCGCUCUCUUCCGCGAGGCUCGCUGGAAGCGCUCGCCUGGCUCUGGCUCUGCCGAUCUCUGGCAGCUUCAGUUGAUUAUUUCUGAUGGUAUCUGUGAAGAUCAUGAUACUAUUCGCCGUCUUGUUAGACAGGCGCUUGAGGAGCGCAUCAUGGUUGCUAGCUUCGAGGCCGAUCCUGACUCUGGUGGUGAGAUGAAGCUCAAGAUGAAGCGAUACCUCGAGGACUUCCCCUUCCCUUACUACCUCGUCGUUCGUGAUGUGAGCGAAUUGCCCUCUGUUUUGGCUACUGCACUCAAGCAGUGGUUCGCCGAAGUUGUGGAUGUGUCGUCUUGA